UAAACUCUGUUAAGAUGUGUGCUUAUUCACUACAGCCUCUUUUUUUAAGUUUUAAGAUAUAUUUCCCAUAUCAUUACCAUUUUAAAAUGGCUUUCAAUCUCUGCCUCAAAAUUUUUCUUGUUCUUUUUUCCAUUCUCAAUCUGUAUGCUCGUACAGCAACUUCCCGUGACUUACAAGAACUAUCCAUGCUUGAAAGGCAUGAAAAAUGGAUGGCUCGUCAUGGACGUGUAUAUAAAGAUGAGAUAGAAAAGGAACAUCGCUUCAAAACGUUUAAGGAAAACAUUGAGUUCAUCGAAUCGUUCAACCAGAAUGGAACUCAACGUUAUAAGCUGGCCAUCAAUAAGUAUACUGAUCUCACCAGUGAGGAAUUUUUGGCAUCAUUUACGGGGCUUGACACUUCAUUAUCCCAGCAAGAAUCAACUGCAGCAAUAACGUCCUUUAGAUAUGGUAGCGUGACUGAAGUUCCACUUAGCAUGGACUGGAGAAAGAGUGGCAGCGUCACAGAAAUCAAGGAUCAAGGUGUAUGCGGAAGUUGUUGGGCAUUUUCUGCUGUUGGGGCUAUAGAAGGAGCAUAUCAGAUAGCAAACAAUGAACUGAUCUCACUUUCAGAGCAACAGCUAUUGGAUUGCAACACCGAGAAUAGGGGUUGUGAAGGUGGACUAAUGACUCGAGCCUACGAAUACUUACUACAAAACGGCGGUGGCAUCACCACGGAGACUAAUUAUCCUUACCAACAAGCUAAAAGUAUUUGCAGCACUCAACAAUUAUCCCCAACUGCAGCAGUAACAAUCAGUGGCUAUGAAGUAGUACCAGCAGGCGAAUCGUCAUUGUUGCAAGCUGUAGCUAAUCAACCAAUAUCUGUUGGUAUUGGUGCUAACCAGGAAUUUCAUUUGUACGGAAGUGGAAUAUAUGAUGGAAGUUGCUACCCUAAGCUGAACCAUGCAGUCACAGUGAUAGGUUAUGGGACAAGUGAAUAUGGUACAAAAUAUUGGCUAGUGAAGAAUUCAUGGGGUACUAGUUGGGGUGAGGAAGGAUAUAUGAGAAUUGCUAGAGACAUUGGAGUUUAUGGUGGCCAUUGUGGCAUUGCCAGUAUGGCCUCUUUCCCAACUGUUUGAAUUGUUUUACAAAAGGCAGGCAUUGUUAUUAAUAUUAUGUUGAAGAUUACGAAGUCUAUAACUAGUAAUUCGUGAUACCAGAAUAAAUUAAUUAGCCCAAGAAGCUUCUUCUUCCUUU